CAUUAGUCGUUUUCAUUGACGAAUACUCAUCACUGUCUCGUCGGCUCGUUACUUUCAGAUGGAAAUGACAGACGAUUUCGAUAUUCCGGCGGCGGAGGGGGUGGAGGCGGACUUGGAUCUGCCGGAGGACAGCAGCUACAUGAAGGUCGGAGAGGAGAAGGAGAUCGGAUCACAAGGCCUGAAGAAGAAGCUCGUCAAGGAAGGCGAGGAUUGGGACACUCCCGACAAUGGCGACGAAGUGCAAGUUCAUUACACUGGAACGUUGCUGGAUGGAACUAAAUUCGAUUCGAGCCGUGAUAGGGAGGAGCCUUUCACGUUUACGCUUGGGCAAGGGCAAGUGAUAAAGGGGUGGGAUGAAGGAAUCAAAACGAUGAAGAAAGGGGAAAAUGCCGUCUUCACCAUACCCCCUGAGCUGGCCUAUGGUGAAUCCGGCUCGCCUCCGACUAUCCCUGCGAAUGCGACUCUGCAGUUUGAUGUCGAGUUGCUGUCGUGGUUGAGUGUGAAGGAUAUAUGCAAGGAUGGUGGUGUGUUCAAAAAGGUACUCAAAGAGGGGGAGAAAUGGGAGAAUCCCAAGGAUCCUGAUGAGGUGUUUGUCAAGUAUGAAGCACGGCUAGAAGGUGGGGCUGUCGUUGCCAAAUCCGAUGGAGUUGAGUUCACUGUUCAAGAAGGUCAUUUUUGUCCUGCCCUUUCGAAGGCUGUGAAGACGAUGAAGAAGGGGGAGAAGGUCCUCCUUACAGUGAAAGCUCAAUAUGGGUUCGGUGAGAAGGGCAAGCCUGCUUGCGGUGAUGAAGGUUCUGUUCCACCAAAUGCCACACUGGCUAUUGACCUCGAACUGGUAUCGUGGAAGACAGUUUCCAAUGUCACCGAUGACAAGAAAGUUGUCAAGAAAAUACUGAAAGAAGGGGAGGGGUAUGAGCGCCCGAAUGAAGGAGCUCUAGUUAAAUUGAAAUUGAUUGGUAAGCUGCAAGAUGGUACUGUGUUCCUUAAGAAAGGCCAUGGUGAUAACCAGAACAAUCUUUUUGAAUUCAAAACGGAUGAAGAGGAAGUUGUCAACGGACUGGACAAGGCUGUGAUAACAAUGAAAAAGGGAGAGGUAGCAAUUGUGACAAUUUCUCCAGAGUAUGCGUUUGGUUCAUCUGAAUCACAGCAAGAGCUGACCAAAAUUCCUGCAAACUCGACUGUUUUGUACGAAGUCGAGCUAGUCUCUUUCGACAAGGAGAGGGAAUCUUGGGAUAUGAAUAACGAAGAAAAAAUUGAGGCUGCUAGCAAGAAAAAGGAAGAAGGGAACACCUGGUUCAAAGCUGGCAAGCAUGCGAGAGCCUCAAAGAGAUAUGAGAAGGCUGCCAAAUACAUCGAGCAUGACUCCUCUUUCAGCGAGGACGAAAAGAAGCAGGCCAAAGCUCUGAAGAUCACUUGCAACCUGAACGACGCAGCUUGCAAGUUGAAACUGAGAGACUUUAAGCAAGCAGAGAAGCUAUGUACCAAGGUGCUGGAGCUUGAGAGUAUAAACGUGAAGGCGCUGUUUAGAAGAGCUCAAGCAUACAUGAACAUGUCGGAUCUGGAUCUUGCCGAAUUUGAUAUCAAGAAGGCGCUCGAGCUCGACCCCAACAACAGGGAUUUGAAGGUGGAGUACAAGAUGCUGAAGGAGAAGGUGAAGGAAUACAACAAGAAAGAUGCAAAGUUUUAUGGGAACAUGUUUGCCAAAUUGAACAAGGCGCAACCCAUUGACAGCAAGGCAUAAUCUCUAAACCAGUCUUUCAAUUCAAUAAUUCCACUUCCUUAUUGAAAAUAAGGUUAUUUUUGUUUUUUUCCUUUUUAGCUUUCUUCAUGUUGUGGAUUCAUUGCCCCUUAUUAGUUCAAGAUUUGAGUUGCCUUA